CCACAAAAGCAGACGCCACGUCCGUCGUGGAAGCCCACAACAGACUCCGCGACAGAGUGGCGGCCGGCAGAGAGCGCCGCGGCAGACCUGGACCCCAGCCAGCGGCCGCCGACAUGAACGUUCUGGUGUGGGACGAUGAAUUGGCAAGGGUUGCCCAGCGGUGGGCUGACCAGUGCACGUUUGGUCAUGACUCUUGCAGGGAUGUUGAAAGGUUUAAAGUUGGUCAAAAUGUCUAUCUCUCCAGCACCACAGGACCAAUAAGAGGAGCUGAGUGGUCGACAGCGGUUCAAGCUUGGUAUGAUGAGGUCAGAGCUUUCAGCAAAAACAUUGUCAACAAAUAUCAAUUCAGUGCAGAAACUGGACACUACUCACAGGUAGUGUGGGGCAACACAAAAUACAUUGGCUGUGGCUACACAGUCUACAAUGAGACAAGUCGGUGGACAACCCAGUUGUACGUUUGCAACUACGGACCAGCUGGGAACUUCAUAGGGCGUCGUGUCUACACAAUUGGCAGAAGUUGCUCCAGGUGUCCCAGAGGAUGCCAUAGCACCUACACUUCACUGUGUGCCUAGUGAGAAGAAUUAAACAUCAACAGUUACCAUACCACAGUUUUGUUAUACGACGAGAUUGCAACAGUUAUUGGAUAGCAUGAACCAAAGACUCAAUUUAGUAUAUGAAACAAAAAGUGGUUAGUCUUUCUUCAGACUGUUUCACACUCACAGGACAUCAGUCACCCAAAGCCACUUGCAUACGACCUGUAUUUUCUAUGAGGGAAGGGUUUAGGAUUAAAUUAUCUUUCCAAAUUCUGAUCUUUUUUGAAUGCAUAAUGCUUUGCGUAAUUGCUAAAUAAAAAAUAUG